GUGCAGCGGCGGCUCUUGACGGAGAUCCUCCAACGACACCAGGGCCAAGACACAACCACGGCAACCAUCGAAGCGAGGCGUCACUUGCAAGGAGUUGCGACUUACAAUCUCUUUCGAGAGAGCCAACCCAUCACUUGCCGUGGUGACUACAACAAGGGUGGACGCUUCCACAAUGAAGGGAAAGUGGCUGAAACCAACAGCGGCCACGAGGAGAUGAGGCGAAUCUUCCUUUACAGGGCCGUGCUAACGUCCUUUGCUGUCCUUGCACAGUUUUUCCCCGAGUCACUGGAUGAGCUGCAGCGCGCGGCUGUUCUGGGCUCGGUGCGGGACGUGCUGCUCCUGUUGGGCCUCUCCGAGAUGGUAAGUCAGAGGCUCUCCUUCGUCCUUGCCAGCCCCCUUGAGGCCUACGAUCUCAGCGAUGCAGACAGGCUUUAUGUUCAUGCGCUCUUCGCCCUGAAAGACCCUGCGCUCGGCAUCAUCCAGUCUGGUUCGGCAUGGGGCGUGCGAAGGCUGCUGCAGGUCGCCAAGGAGAACCGCCGCCACCUCGUACAGGACAUGCGCAACGGCCAUCUCUGGGAUCGGCAGCUGCCCGAGGCAGCGCCACAGCCGAAACUCCGCGCGGCGCUUGAUGUGGCGCUCUCUGGCCCGGAUGGACGUCGGUCCCGAGAGGUGGACAGGAUGCUGAAGACCAGUGCGGUCGCAUCCGAUCUGUGGCCGCGGCUGAAGGUCGUCGCCAUCACUGGAGAAACUUCGCUCGAUGAAUCAUUGAAGGAAGCGGUUGGCGAGGUGCCCAUCUACGGCCCGCUUUACACCAGCGACGAAGGCUAUAUCGGAAUCAACUUGUUCCCAGAAUUGCCCUUUGGCGUCUGGACCUACCUGUUAGAUCCCGGCAGCAUGUUCUUCGAACUCGUACCCGCGGGCUCUCAUGAUGUGCACCCUGACAUGGUUAUCCCAGCAUGGGAAGCUGUUGUGGGCCAAGAGUACGACCUUCUUGUUACCACGCACAGUGGUCUCUGCCGGUGCCGGCUUGGAGACAGAGUCCGGGUUCACGCGAUGUUUGGCAAAAUGCCAAUCGUCUCAGUGGCAAAAGAUGAUACGGGCCUGAACUGUCCAAGCGUUCAUUGCUGCAAUGCUCCUGUCAGGUUGGUUGGAGUUUCUUCUUCCACUUCGUCAAUGCAUGUGCAGCGCGGGCUCAAAGUAGUCGGUCUCUAA